AGAUGAUAUUGGUGAUGGUGAUGAUGAAUCAAUAUCAAAUUUAUUAGAUUCAAGUGCAAAUAAUAAUUGUUCAUUAAAAGAAAUUGUUGAAGUUUAUAAAACUUUACAACAACGUUUUCAAGUAUUAGAUAAUCGACAUUUAGCAUUAAUUAAAAUAACAUUAGAUUGUUCAUUAGUUGUUAAUAUGUUAAAAAAAAAAGAUUUAUAUUCAACAAAUGGACGACGACGAUAUCAAGAGCUGCGUGAUAAUUUAACAACAUUAUUUCAAUUACAAGAACGAAAUAAUAUGAUAUUAAAUUCAUUAAUUGUUACAUAUGUAUUAUGUGAACCAUUUAUUUUAAAAGCAAACAAUUUAAAUGAAUUUAUUACACGUCUGGCUAAUUUGAAGAAUGUUGAUGAAACUUCAUUAAAUCACAUAAAAGGUAAUUAUUUUUAUGAUACAUUUUAACAUGCCAAAAAUUCACUCGAAUCGUUUUUGAGUACCGGUUAAACGAUGAUUGCGUGUGAUCUGCGUUUUUGUGCCCUACAUUGAAAAAGUUCAGAGAAUGCAUGGUUACGGAAAAAUGAGAUCAAUAUAUUGUCGCAACACUACACAGUGGACAUUAGGUGGAAAAACAAAAGUGAGCUUUUUCAACAUUCGGAUAGCAGAUCAUAUACUCCAACUUAUGGUCUAUUUAAUCGUCAU